UUUGUUACUGCCUCCUCCACUAAGAGGCACUUGGCGAUUUUUUGUUUUUAUUGCGCACUCGAAAUUGUUUGUGUUAAUUUAUACAUUUUAUACAUAUACAUAUACGUGAGCCACCACAAUCGUUUGCUAUGGCAAGAUUUUUGCUUAGUUAGUGACCAGCAACGAGCGGCACAAUAAGUCCGUUUUCGUUUGUGUGCGUGUGUUUGUGUGUGUUUGGAUUACAUAUUACAUUGUAACUGUAAUAUAUAUAUUUUUUUUUAUUGUUUUGUAUUGACCCACUAUUGACUGAUCGUAUCGUAUCGAAUUGGUAUUACAUCAAAAAUAUGUCCAUAUUUGUGGAAUAUACAGAGCCGCAAUGGCGAAAUCUAAAUAUGCGCCAACUUGCUGAGGAUCAAGCAUAUUUAUAUGUAAAAUCUUUAUUACCAGAAGAGAGUUAUCUCUAUACAUUAAGCGAUGAUUGCUAUACAUGCCCCUAUAGCAAAGUGAAAGCUCUGUCCCCUGCCGCCGAUGGCGUUGGCCAUGAUCAGGUGGAGGCUGAGAUAUUAACAUUGCCCACUGAGACAGGUUUAAAUUUUAAAAUAUACGAACACAAUCAUGGUGCAUAUGCCAAUGAUUCUAUAUCCUCUCUAUGUUCAUUGCGUCGCACGGAUUUACAGGAGUUUGGUGUAUAUAAUUUGACUUUAUGGAGUAAUGGAACUUGCAAUUUCAUAGUGGAUAAACCAGGAGUUCCAAUCUAUUAUGCAUUCCUGGCCGUAUUUGUAUUGCUUGCCGGCUUUCUAAUUGCCUUAAAGUUACUCAGUUGGUUAUGGAAAUUGUAUCGCUAUGAUGAGGCAGCUGCAGCGGCGGAUAGCAUUGGCGAUGCUGCAGCCAAGGCAACACAAAGAAAACGUUUACGCAGUCUGGACACAUUCCGGGGUUUGGCAAUUGUUUUAAUGAUCUUUGUGAAUAGCGGCGGCGGGGGCUAUGAUUCUAUUGAUCAUGUUGCCUGGAACGGUUUACAUUUGGCCGAUUUGGUGUUCCCAUGUUUCCUCUGGAUUAUGGGCGUUUGUAUACCACUGUCGAUUAAAUCCCAAUUGGGUCGUGGCACGAGUAAAAUACAAAUCUGUGGACGCAUUAUAUGGCGUUCGUUUAAACUCUUUGCCAUUGGCGUUUGCCUGAAUUCGAUCAAUGGACCCAAAUUGGAGCAAUUGCGUGUGAUGGGCGUAUUGCAACGUUUCGGUGUGGCAUUUCUUGUAGUCGGUCUCUUGCAUACCGUGUGCAGCCGACGGGAUCAUAUUAGUCCGCAACAGGCUUGGCAACGUUCCAUCUAUGAUAUUUGUAUAUUUAGUGGAGAAUUUGCAGUGCUCUUGGCCCUAAUUGCCACAUAUUUGGGUCUAACCUAUGGCCUAAAAGUGCCGGGCUGUCCACGCGGCUAUUUGGGUCCCGGUGGCAAAUCGAAUAAUGCCGCCAAUCCGCAUUGUAUUGGCGGAGCGGCUGGCUAUAUUGAUCAACAGGUUUUGGGUAAUGCCCACAUUUAUCAAUAUCCCACAGCCAAAUAUGUAUACGAUGCCACAGCCUUUGAUCCGGAGGGAUUAUUUGGAUGCCUAUUGAGUGUGGUCCAUGUGCUUUUGGGUGCCUUCGCUGGGGUCACUCUACUCGUUCAUCCCACCUGGCAAUCGCGUAUGAAACGCUGGACUAUAUUGGCUCUACUAUUGGGUCUAAUGGGCGGUGCCCUAUGCGGAUUUUCCAAAGAGAAUGGCCUGAUACCGGUCAACAAGAAUCUAUGGUCAUUAUCGUUUGUCUUUGUGACGGUAACGGUGGCAUUGCUGUUGCUUGACUUUCUCUACUACAUUAUCGAUGUGCGGCAAUGGUGGUCCGGUUAUCCAUUCACCGAAUGCGGCAUGAAUGCGAUCAUCAUGUAUGUGGGUCAUUCGAUAAUGCAUAAAAUGUUGCCCUGGCAUUGGCGUAUCGGUACAAUGAAUACACAUUUUAUGCUACUACUCGAAUCGGUAUGGAAUACCUUAAUGUGGGUGGCCAUAGCCCUAUAUCUUGAUGCCAAACAAUUUUAUUAUAGUCUAUAAACAAAACCAAAUAAAAACAAAUUUUCCAU